GGACCUCGGGGAAGGAGCCCACCGCCCUCGGGCCAGAUCCCUGUUCUUCUGGGCAUGUACAGCACUCAGGGCCCCUCUGGCCACGGGGUCCAGGGGGUUGGCUGUCUCCCCGUGGUCCUGUGGUCCCUGUGGUCUGGAUUUGCGGCCGCACAGCUCCCUGCUCCUGCGGGUCUCUGCGAACCUGCCUGGGAAACACCCAGUUUGCUCCCUACACGCGGGCAUGGGGACCCGUGGACGAGGCCUGGCUGGCCCAGGGGCUCACCUUGUCCCGUCCCCACACUUGGGGUGGUCCCCACAGGGGUGACGGGCACUUCCCCACGCCCCUCCCGGCAGUGAUCUGCUCCCACCUCCUGCACUCAGUGAGGAACCCCUCCUGGGACACCAAGUGCCCUCGGUCAGCCUUGAAACCUGUGCCGUGUCACCUUGGUUUCUCGACAAAUUGCCCGGAGAGCGGUGAGUCAGCCUGCCUACCCCGAGGCACAACGUUUAGAAGGUAUGUCUGGAAACCCUGGCACCCGCACAGCACUUCUCGUGGAAUUCGCCGGGAGUGUUCGUGCGGACAGAGGCGGCGAGCCGCUCCCCUUCCCGGACGCUGCAGGAGAGUCGGGAGCCAGAGCAGAGCUGAGAUCCGGGGCUGGCGCGGGGAGGGCGGAGACCCCUCGGGGAGACACACGCUGUCCAGAGCCGCCCCCGGGGCCACGGGAGUGCAUGGCCCGCAGCCCAGCGGACGGGGCCGGUGACGUGACCCCGGACAACCCCCGGAGCUCCGGCGGCCCACGCUGCUGCGGCUGGCCCACGGCCGUGAGGACAGGACGGGGUGUGUUGGUGGCAGCAGGCCACCGAGUGGGCCGCACACACUCGAGGUGUAUCCUAGACAAGCCCGCCCGGUGCUCGCGGUCCUCCACGGCCACAAGCCACCGGAUCCGUGUCCUCACCAAAGAGCCUGUUUGCAAGAGCCCCGUGCACGUAAACACGUGGAGACCCGCCUCACGGUCCCACUUUGUUUUGGCUUCGAGAAGGGCUGCCGUGGCCAGCGAUGAGCCCAGAGGCGUGAGCUUCGCCCUCGAGCCCGACCUCUGCAGACGCGACCCACGUGUCCUGGUCUGCUUCCUGCGUGUUAGGUGGGAAGCCAGUGGGGCCUUCCGGAGACUCGGCCGUGGGGCUGGUCGUCCUUGCUACGCUUUCCCUUCUGAAAACAUGACCCUGAAGGAGAUGUUUCCGAGCUGGCCACGGCUCUGCGCGGCGGGCUCACGGCCACGGGCGCGACAUCUGACCUGUUCCAGGUGUGCCGCGGACUUGCGGACGAGUCGCUCUGAGCGUUUUUUCCCUCGGAGGGAGAGCCCGGGCCCGAACCAGAGUCUUCGAGGCUCUACGCAGUUUCACGGGAACGUUCAGUCUUCCGGACUGUGAUCCCUCCCGUGUGGACACACGCGCCGCGCCCGUCCUCCCGCAGACCGAGCUGUGGGUCCCCUCUCUUCUCAGAAGGCACGGGCUUUGUUCGGACAAACCCGGGCCGGCGGGGGCCGGUGUGUGACACACGGAGCUCAGGUCCGUGCACCGCUCACACCUGCCUCACCUGGGGUCCCGCUGCCUGAGGUCUCGGGCGGUCCCAGGACGGGAAAGGGAGAGGGGCAGGGGCAGAGGGAGGAAGCCGGAAAGUCGGGGAUCUCCCUCUCAUCCGGGCGAACCAACAGCCCCGUUACCCCUGGAAAUUUCAUUUUAGAUCUUAAGACUUGGUGUUUUAUACUAGUGUGAAUACCAACAUUAUAACAUGUGUAAAGUUUUCUAAAUGGAA